CUAAAUCCGUGACUACAGCCGAAUUUUUUUGUAGUGUGUGGUUAAGGCAUCGCUUAUUGAAGACUUAGACAAGUUCUUGAAGGGGAAAGAAUACUACAAGAAGAUUGGCAAGCCUUGGAAGCGCGGGUACUUGCUGUAUGGUCCUCCCGGAACAGGAAAGUCCAGCUUGAUUGCUGCUAUGUCUAACUAUCUUAGCUAUGACAUAUACGAUCUUGAUCUUACAGAAGUUCGCAAUAACACGAAUUUGAGGUCGUUGUUGCUUUCAAUGCCUAGCCGUUCCAUCCUUGUCAUUGAGGAUAUUGAUUGCAGCAUCAAGCUUGAGAAUAGGGAGUCCCUGGAAGAAAAAGAAAACUGCCAUGACAAGGUGACACUUUCAGGGUUGCUUAAUUUUCUUGAUGGGAUAUUGUCUUGUUGCGGAGAGGAAAAGAUAAUUGUACUCACAACAAACCACAAAGACAAAUUAGAUCCUGCCUUGUUAAGGCCUGGAAGAAUGGAUAUGCAUAUACAUUUGUCAUAUUGCAAAUUUUCUGCAUUCAAGCAAUUGGCAAAAAAUUAUUUGGGGAUAGAUCAUCAUAACUUGUUCAAACAAAUUGAAGAGUUGUUUGAGAAAGUAGAUGUGACUCCGGCCGAAGUUGCCGGAGAACUGAUAAAGAACAAGGAUGUUGAGCUUUCCCUUCAAGGCCUCAUUCAAUUGCUCCAAAUUUCUCUUAAGGGCAAUUGAAAUUCAUAUUGGAAUAAUUCACAAAUUACAACUAAUAUUUUUUUUAUCAUCAUAACACAAAACUUAUAUUAAAUCAAUAAAUCUUUUGCCAACUGGCUGACAAUGCAUUGAGGGAUAAUAUCAUAGGUGACCAUCUGAUAUGAGAUAGCAACAUGUGCUCUUACAAGAGCAUGAGCGACACGAUUUGCAGACUUUCUACAAAAAGAGAUAACAAAAUUACUUUCUGUUUCCAAGAUCUUCCUAAUAUCAACAAUAAUGAGGUGAAUAUAGGAAGAGGUCCUUCCAACUCCUUUCUUUAACCCUUGAGCCACAAUGAAAUCAUAUUAAUUAGUUGAUUAUUAUGUGACAUUGUGACUAUAUAAUGAGCUCAUUUGGCAUUUCACAUUUGGCGAUUCAAUCUCUAAUCCAGUUUAUGAUGGGCUAAAAUGCCACUAGCCAAACACUGCAUUUAUGCUAUUUAGUGUGUCGCUUCAGAUUAUAGAUACUACGGAGUAUUAUUUUAACUGAAAAAAUUCAUUUUAUGAUGCUUUUGAAAUGAAUUAUAAAUUGCAAGUUUAGUAAUUUUAGAGCACUGUCACUUUACAAUGUGCUUCAUAAUUAUAUUUGUUUAAAUCUCCACCGCAAAACCGCAAACAUGCCC